GUGCUCUGCCGCACUCUGCUGCCACGCUGUGAGUGUGUGAGAUCUUUAUAAUAAAUUGCACAAAUUGAUUUUAUUUCCGUUGGAUAUUGCACAAUGUUCGGUUAAUCACAUAAAAAAUAAUAAUCGAUUUCAGUUUCAUGUAUCCGAUUCCAGAUCACCGCCAUCGAGUUCUAUCAACGAGGUGGUAUCUGGCGGCGGGUUUCACCACGUGUCAUAUGCCUUGGCGAACGCCUUGGUGAUAAAAAAGAAUGGUACAUAGAAGCUUCACCAUUCCUCUGAUCAGGCAGCUUGCUUAUUCCACUAGCUUAGCCAACAGCAGAAGGUUGUUGAGCACAUUCAGGUGUUCUUUUACCCUGUACAAAUUUGGCAGAAGACUGGUGCAUUCAGUGAAAGCCAUGGAGUGUGCCCCAGAGCCAGUCAUUGUGAACCAUGUGGGCGACAGGGUGCAGCUCAAAUUCACCUACUGUGAGCCACAGUUCAACUUUAGGCGUGUGUUCAACAUGGACCGCUCUGAACAGGAACAAAUGAGUGUGCUCACUGCUAGGAUCUCGUCCAACAUUGAAAAGUUCCUCGCCAAGAAGGCAUCCAAGGUGAACAAGAAGAAUAGAUCGUCCGGCUCGCCGCCGGUGGACGCUGCCGUCACCCAGCCGGCGGUUUCGCUGCUGCUGGACGGUAAGCCGGCCGAGCCGCACCUCUCCUGCGCCGAGGCGCUGGUGGAGCAGGGAGCACGCGCCGCGCUGCACAUCGGCCGCCUCCGCUACCGGCUCUCGGUGAACCCGCCGGCCGUGCUGUCGCUCAGCCUGCCCUCCUCGCUGAUGGCCGGCUUCCCGGUGCACCCCGGCCGCCUGCAGCUGGCGUUCUCGGAGCACGCCGAGCUGUGCUGGCAGCGCGAGGACCCGUCGGCAGACGGCGGCUGGCGGGACGUCGGCAGCAGUCACAGUUACACGCCCUCAGCGGAGGAUAUCGGACACCGGCUGAGGCUCGUCUGUGUGCCGGUGAACGGGGAGAGGCGCGGAGAGACUGUGACGGUGGUCUCCGAACAGGACGUGCAGGCCGGCCCCGGGCCGUGUCCGUUCGACCAGAGGCACGCCUUCACGCGGACCGUCACUGACCAGGACAGCUACCGCGUGGUGAGUUACAACAUCCUGGCGGACCUGUACGCCGACUCUGACUUCACCAGGACGGUGCUGCACCCAUACUGUCCCCCGUACGCGCUGCACAUCGACUACAGGAAGCAGCUCAUUGUCAAAGAACUCAUGGGGUACAACGGCGACAUCGUGUGUCUGCAGGAGGUGGACAAGAAGGUGUACGAGGGGGACCUGGAGCCGAUGUUUGAGACCGCCGGCCUGGAGGGUGUCUUCACGCCCAAGGGCGGCCAGGUCACCGAGGGCCUCGUCUGCUUCUACCGCUCUUCUAAACUUCGUCUGGUGGACACGGAGCGGGUAGUGCUGGGGGAGAUGGUCUCAGAGGACCCGCUGUAUGCAGACGUAGAGAAGGCUUGUGCGCAGAAUGAUCAGCUGCGCGAACGGCUCACAAAACGGACGCAGACCCUGCAGGUGAACGUGUUGGACGUGGUGCCGGCCGCGGACUCGGACCGACCUCCGCGCUGUCUGGUGGUGGCCAACACGCACCUCUACUUCCACCCGAACGCCGAUCACAUCCGGGCCCUGCAGAUCGGCAUCUGUAUGCGGCAUUUGGAGAGGCUCAUAGAGCGGCUGAGGGCAGAGGAGCCGGGUCGCGAGGUAGCUCUGCUGUUCUGCGGCGACUUCAACAGCUGUCCCGAGUUCUCUGUGCUACGACUGAUGACCACACAGAGACUCGAGGAGGACCUACAGGACUUCAGCAGCGCUCCCGGUGAGGAGGUGCACGGAGUUUCCUUCCAGCACCCGUACCGGAUAGCCAGCGCGUGCGGCACACCAGAGUACACCAACUACGUGGACAAGUUCCGCGGCUGUCUCGACUAUAUCUUCUACAUGACCGACUUCAUGGAUGUACAGCAGGUGGUGCCACUACCUUCCCACGAGGAGGUGACCCGGCACACGGCUCUACCCAGCGUGGUGAUACCUUCCGACCACCUGGCCCUAGUGGCAGACCUCGGCUGGAAACCGGCGCCACCCAACUGACAUACCUCACACCGGCGAGCGAGGGAGUUAAUUAUAAGGAGCGGGAGGCUGUUAUUUGUUGUCAGCUUCACGGUGAUACCUCUGGAUUGCGGGGUCUAUUUUCAUGAUGUGAUAUUGGCAUAUUAUAUUGCAAUAUGAAUUGCAGUGGUUCGUGAGCGCGCAGUGUUUGUAUGGUGGAAGAAACUGUAAUAUAAUUGUUACAGUACUG